AUGAUCACUGGCAAGGACAUUUAUGAUGUUCUCGCAGCAAUUGUGCCUCUAUAUGUCGCUAUGAUUUUAGCCUAUGGCUCAGUUCGAUGGUGGAAAAUAUUUACACCUGAUCAAUGCUCAGGCAUUAACCGUUUUGUAGCAGUCUUUGCAGUUCCUUUAUUGUCUUUCCAUUUUAUAUCAUCGAAUGAUCCUUAUGCUAUGAACUACAGGUUCAUUGCUGCUGAUUGUCUUCAAAAAGUUGUCAUUCUUGGAUCUCUUUUUAUUUGGCAAGCUUUAAGCAAACGUGGGAAUCUUGAAUGGAUGAUCACUCUCUUCUCCCUUUCUACUCUCCCAAACACUCUUGUCAUGGGGAUCCCUCUUUUGAAAGCUAUGUACGGAGACUUCUCUGGGACUCUUAUGGUUCAAAUUGUGGUUUUGCAGAGUGUAAUUUGGUAUACUCUCAUGCUCUUCAUGUUUGAAUACAGAGGAGCUAAGUUACUAAUCUCCGAGCAAUUCCCCGAAACGGCCGGGUCUAUUACAUCUUUCAGAGUUGAUUCUGAUGUUGUCUCUCUCAACGGCCGGGAACCAUUACAGGCUGAUGCUGAGAUUGGAGAUGAUGGUAAGCUUCAUGUGGUGGUGAGAAGAUCAAGUGCUUCAUCAAUAGUGUCUUCCUUUAACAAGUCUCAUGGACUAAACUCAAUAACUUCAAUGACUCCAAGAGCUUCGAAUCUUACUGGCGUAGAGAUCUACUCGGUUCAAUCUUCCCGGGAGCCAACACCGAGAGCUUCAAGCUUCAAUCAAACAGAUUUUUACUCCAUGUUUGCUUGCAAGGCCGCAAGUCCGAAACAUGGAUACACAAAUAGUUUCCAAGGAGGAGUUGGUGAUGUCUACUCUUUGCAAUCUUCGAAAGGAGCCACACCAAGAACUUCAAAUUUUGAGGAGGAGAUGCUGAAGUUAGGGAAUAAAAAAGGAGGGAGAAGUAUGAGUGGUGAAUUGUUUAAUGGUGGCAAUUUAGUUUCUUCAUAUCCACCUCCGAAUCCAAUGUUUGCAGGGUCUACUAGUGGUGGCCAAAAGAAGAAGGAAAGUGGUACUGGUGCCAUGCCUAACAAGGAGCUUCACAUGUUUGUUUGGAGCUCAAGUGCAUCUCCAGUUUCUGAAGGAAAUCUGAGACAUGCAGUUAACAGAGCUGCCUCCACUGAUUUCGGGGCUCAACAUGAAUCUGCUGCUUCAAAAGCAAUGAACCAAUUAAUUGAAAACAUGAGCCCUGCUGGGAAAAUGAAUGGAGAAAAGGAACAUGAUGUAGAGGAUGGAUGCAAGUUUCCACAAAAUGGGUCUCCCUUCACUUGCCAAAAGAAGAUGGAUAUGGAAGGAAAUGGAUCAAAAAAGCACCAAAUGCCUCCUGCAAGCGUCAUGACUAGACUCAUCCUUAUCAUGGUCUGGAGGAAGUUGAUAAGAAACCCGAACACUUACUCAAGCCUUUUGGGUGUUAUAUGGUCUCUCGUAUCAUAUAGGUGGCACAUCCAGAUGCCGUCGAUUGUGAGUGGAUCAAUAUCAAUAUUAUCAGAUGCAGGUCUAGGAAUGGCUAUGUUCAGUCUAGGUUUAUUCAUGGCUUUACAACCAAAAAUCAUAGCUUGUGGAAAAUCAGUGGCAACUUUUGCUAUGGCAGUGAGGUUUUUGACAGGCCCUGCUGUGAUUGCUGCUACCUCAAUUGCUAUUGGCCUUCGCGGUGUUCUUCUACAUGUUGCAAUAGUUCAGGCGGCUCUUCCCCAAGGUAUAGUUCCCUUUGUAUUUGCCAAGGAGUACAACGUCCAUCCAGACAUACUUAGCACUGCGGUUAUUUUUGGGAUGCUGAUUGCCUUGCCCAUUACAAUACUAUAUUAUGUGCUUCUUGGGGUCUGA